GUGCCGGCUACUGCCCCCAAGUCUAGGCCUAGACUGGGGCCCGCGCCCUCCAGGCACCCGCGGGCGGCGGGAUGGGGACUGGAGUAGGGCGGGGUCCGCGUCCAGCUGCGCCUGAGGACCGAGAACGGACAAGAAAGUUGAUGCUUGGAAAAGACGAUUGGCCUCAAAUACCUAGAUGGACUGGAGAGACCAUCCCUUGUGGCCCACAGCUUGACCUCUGAGCACCCUGUCCCCGUCCACCUGUGGACCUGCUGAGGCUCCCCCUGGCUUUCUCCUGCAGACCCCUCUACCAUGAACCAGUCCAUCCCAGGGGCUCCCACCCCGCCCCGCCGCGUGCGGCUGAAGCCCUGGCUGGUGGCCCAGGUGAACAGCUGCCAGUACCCAGGGCUUCAAUGGGUCAACGGGGAAAAGAAAUUAUUCUACAUCCCCUGGAGGCAUGCCACGAGGCAUGGUCCCAGCCAGGACGGAGAUAACACCAUCUUCAAGGCCUGGGCCAAGGAGACUGGGAAAUACACUGAAGGUGUGGAUGAAGCUGAUCCGGCCAAGUGGAAGGCCAACCUGCGCUGUGCCCUUAACAAGAGCCGGGACUUCCGCCUCUUCUACGAUGGGCCCCGGGACAUGCCACCUCAGCCCUACAAGAUCUACGAGGUCUGCUCCAAUGGCCCUGCUCCCACAGACUCCCAGCCCCCUGAGGAUUACUCUUUAGGUGCAGGAGAGGAGGAGGAGGAGGAAGAGGAAGAGCUGCAGAGGAUGUUGCCAAGCCUGAGCCUCACAGAUGCAGUGCAGUCUGGCCCCCACAUGGCACCCUAUUCUUUACUCAAAGACGAUGUCAAGUGGCCGCCCACACUGCAGCCGCCCGUGGUGCUGGGUCCCCCUGCUCCAGACCCCAGACCCCUGGCUCCUCCCCCUGGCAACCCUGCUGGCUUCAGGGAGCUUUUCCCUGAGGUCCUGGAGCCUGGGCCCCUGGCUGCCAGCCUGCCCCCUGCAAGCGAACAGCUCCUGCCUGACCUGCUGAUCAGCCCCCACAUGCUGCCUCUGACUGACCUGGAGAUCAAGUUUCAGUACCGGGGGCGGCCACCCCGGGCCCUCACUAUCAGCAACCCCCACGGCUGCCGGCUCUUCUACAGCCAGCUGGAGGCCACCCAGGAGCAAGUGGAACUCUUUGGCCCCAUAAGCCUGGAGCAAGUGCGCUUCCCCAGCCCUGAGGACAUCCCCAGCGACAAGCAGCGCUUCUACACGAACCAGCUGCUGGAUGUCCUGGACCGCGGGCUCAUCCUCCAGUUACAGGGCCAGGACCUGUAUGCCAUCCGCCUGUGUCAGUGCAAGGUGUUCUGGAGUGGGCCUUGUGCUUCAGCCCAUGACUCAUGCCCCAACCCCAUCCAGCGGGAGGUCAAGACCAAGCUCUUCAGCCUGGAGCAUUUUCUCAAUGAGCUCAUCCUGUUCCAGAAGGGCCAGACCAACACCCCACCACCCUUCGAGAUCUUCUUCUGCUUCGGGGAAGAAUGGCCUGACCGCAAACCCCGAGAGAAGAAGCUCAUUACUGUACAGGUAGUGCCUGUAGCAGCUCGAUUGCUGCUGGAGAUGUUCUCAGGGGAGCUAUCUUGGUCAGCUGAUAGUAUCCGGCUACAGAUCUCAAACCCAGACCUCAAAGACCACAUGGUGGAGCAGUUCAAGGAGCUCCAUCACAUCUGGCAGUCCCAGCAGCGGUUGCAGCCUGUGGCCCAGGCCCCUCCUGGGGCAGGCCUUGGCGCUGGCCAGGGGCCCUGGCCCAUGCACCCAGCUGGCAUGCAGUAACAAGGCUGCAGAUGGUGACUGGCCCUGGCUUCCUGGGUGGCUGUGUGGACUGAUGUGGAGGUGUGACAGCCCCAGUGAGCACCUGGCUGGCUGCAGGGUCCUACCUCUGGGUUUCCUGGAAGUGGAUGUGGGCCAAGAAGAAGAGGGAGAAAGGCCCGAGCCCCUGCCUUCCCAGGCCUAUCUGUCCUUGUCUCAAUUAUUUCUGGUCUGGUCAGCCUGGCUCUCGAGAAACUCGGCCAUGAGCAGGGAAGGAACUCCCCCAACCUUGGUGCCUAGUUGUAUAGGAAGAAUUGCCUAAGGGUGGCCCACUCUUGUGAUUGCCCCAUUUCCUCUGGCAGAAAAAGCCAGAGUGUUGUGGGCCAAGUCCCCCGCACAGGGCCUCUGCAGGGCAUGGCCCUGAUUUCCCUGGUUUGAGCCUCACUUCCUCAUCUCCCUCUCCUCUGAGAUAAUAUGAGUGAGCACUUAGGUAUCACAUCAGAUGCUUAAGGCUGGCAGCUACCCCCCUUCUUGAGAGCCCAAGAACCUGGAGUAGAAAGAAUUUUUAUGUAUUUUUGGAUUAAUAAAUGUUAAAAACAGACUCAGCUGUUUCUUUCCUUUUUCUACUACCAGUUGCUCCCAUGCUGCUCCACCAGGCCCUGUUUCGGAUGCCCGCUGGCCCACUCCCCAAGCACCUGCCCCCAGCUUGCAACCAUUGGCACUGGGAGGGCCUGGAUUCUGGGCUGAUGAGUCAGUUGGGCCUUCAUAAACACUCACCUGGCUGGCUUUCCUUUCCAGGAGGAAGCUGGCUGAGCAAGGGUGUGGAUUUUUAAAUGUGUGCACAGUCUGGAAAACUGUCAGAAUCAGUUUUCCCAUAAGAAAUGGUGAAAAAGGGCAGACUAGCAUUGCAGCUGCAUUUGGGACCAUUCAAAUCUGUCACUCUCUCGUGUACAUUCCUGUGCUAUUAAAUAUAUCAGGGCAAUGCAUGCAAAUCAUCCUGAUAUAUUUAAUAUAUUUAUUAUAUUGUCCCCCGAGGUGGGGGCAGUGAGUGCUCACUCUUAGUCCCCUCAGAGCUGGUUGCUAAAGAACCUGGCACCUACCCCCUCUCAUUUCCUCUGUGUCAUCUCUGCACACUCCAGCCCCCUUUCUGCCUUCAGUCAUUGAGUGGAAGCUGCCCCAGGCCCUUACCAGGUGCAGAUGCCCCAUCUUGAUGCCCAGCCAUCAGAACUGUGAGCCAAAUAAACCUUUUUCUGU